AUGUCGUCUAGAACUGUGGACACAGAUAAAGUAUGGAAUAUACAGGCGUCUUUUAUGGCACAAAAUACGCAAAACACUAUCAGAAAUGUUGUUGAGAAAAUUAAAGUGAAACCAAAUCCUGAUAAGGCGCCAAUUUCUCUUUCCAUUGGGGAUCCUACCAUAUUUGGAAAUAUCCGUCCACCACAAGAGCUUUUAAAAGCAGUUCGUGACUGUGUCGACUUGGACGAAAGCAGGAGUUAUGGACCAACAGUGGGUCUGCAAUCAGCAAGGCAGGCUGUCGCUAAGCAUUGUUCACACCAGGGUAAAAUAUUUGCUGAAGACGUGGUGCUCUGUAGCGGCUCUGCUCAUGCCCUAGAAAUGGCAAUCACAGUACUAGCAAACCCAGGAAUGAACAUUUUGGUGCCGAGACCAGGAUAUAUGAUUUACAAAACCAUAGCUGAAGGGCUCGGCAUUACUAUAAAAUUUUAUGAUUUAUUGCCAAACGAUCAAUGGAAAAUCAAUUUGAAAGAUUUAGAAAACAAGUUAGAUAACAAUACCGCUGCGAUAAUUAUAAUCAACCCAUCUAAUCCGUGCGGGUCUGUUUACACAGAGGAGCACCUUUCUGAAGUCGUAGACAUUGCUUCAAGGAAUCGUGUCCCUAUUAUAGCUGACGAGAUUUACGAAUUUUUCGCAUUCUCUGGACACAAAUUCACUUCCAUCGCAUGUUUAUCCAAAGAUGUCCCUAUACUUGUGUGUAGCGGACUCUCUAAGAGGUAUCUCGUUCCGGGUUGGCGAAUGGGUUGGUUGGUAAUUCAUGAUAGAAAUGAAAUAUUUGGAAAAGACAUACGCAAUGGUCUUUUUAAUUUGAGUGCUAGAAUUUUGGGCCCUAACAAAUUGAUUCAGCAGGCUUUGCCGGAGAUUUUGGCGUCAAUACCAAGGGACUAUUUUAACAGUAUGAUGUUGUUUAUUGAGAGCCAAGCGAAACUAGCUUUCAAUAAACUAAAAGACGCUCGCGGUCUACGCCCAAUAAUGCCCCAAGGAGCAAUGUAUAUGAUGAUUGAGGUCGAAAUGUCCAUAUUUCCACAAUUUGAGACUGAAACAGACUUUGUAGAGGCUUUAUUUGAACAGCAAUCUGUUAUGUGUAUUCCAGGACAAUGUUUCUACUAUCCCAGUUUCAUUCGCAUAGUACUGACGGUACCAGAAACUGUUCUUUGGGAGGCUUGUAGUAGAAUACAGAUGUUUUGCCGAGACCGCGCAGCAGAGUAUGCCCUCAUUAAAGAAACUGAUAUAUUGGAAUUAUUAUACCUGGGUUAA